UUAGCAGCAUUAUUGAAACUGUUUGUCCAGAGGAGAAAUCCAGCUAUCUGAUGGCUGAAACUGAUGAAGUGAUUUAGUGGAAACAGACAUGAACAGGACUGUCUCCAAGGAGAGUUAGGAACAGUAAAGAGCUUGAUCCAGUUUAAUAUGAAACACUUCUAAUGAUUCAAGUGCAGCUUUACCAGCAGGACCAGUUCAAGCAGACUCCCAGUAACUGAGGGAGGGGUGUGGGGGAGGGCUUCAUCUUCUCAGGGGAGGUUGUGUUUUUAACAAACAGCAACAUCAUUAUUAAUGAUGAGGAUUAUUGAUGUGUGUGUGUGAUUCUCUCAACAGAGUGGAUGAGCAGGAGGAGGAACUGAGAGAGAUGGAACGGAGAGAGAUGGAACUGAGAAAGAUGGAGGAGGAUCUGAAAGAGAUGAAACUGAGAGAGAUGGAGGAGGAACAGAGAGAGAUGGAGGAGAGACGGAUGAAGUGGGCGAUGGAGAAUUGGCUCAGAGUGAUAGAGAAGACACUGAAGAGAGAGAUGGAGGAGAAACUGAGAAAGAUGUGGUGGUGGAAUAAGAAAGAGUUUGAGAAGAAACUGAGUGAGAUCAAGAAGACACUGGAGGAGAAGAUAGAGAAGACACCGAGUGAGAUAAAGGCAACAUGGAAGAUAAUGGAGAAGAAACUGAGGCAGCUGAAGGAGGAACGGAUGAGGAAGGUGGAGGAGGAACUGAACAGUAUGGACCCUGAAGAGGCCUGCAGAAUAAGAAAGUUACUGAAGGACUUUGUACAGGAGUAUGAAAAGGAGAAGCAGGAAAUUGAAAAACUCCUCACAGAACUCAGUGGGAUUGCUGAUGAGCUGGACAAGGUGGACAGGGACUGUAACAUCGCUAAGACUGCAGGGAGCACUGCUGGUGUAGUCGGGGGGGUCCUGACCAUUGUGGGGAUAGGCCUGGCUCCUGUUACUGCUGGAGUCUCCCUUGGACUGACCAUUGCAGGGGUUGCUACUGGUGUAGCUGGCAGUGUCACCGGUGGUGGCGCACAAAUAGGAAAGCAUGUAAUUGAUGGCAAGGCUAACAAUAGAGUAAUGGAAAUAAUGCAAAUAAUUCACUCUAAAAUCAAAGCACUGAUUAAAAAGUGCAAAAUUGCACUCCCACAAUGUAACUGGAAUAAAGAUGAUGAUGCUUUAACAAGCAAUGUUAAAACAUGUCUUUCUGCUGUUGCUGCAGGCCUGGUUGAUGCUGAUGUUGUUGCUGCUGCAGAUGCUGUUAUUGAUGCUGCUGUAAGUCUUGAUGGUGGUGUUGAUGUAAACCCAAACCCGAAUGAUGAAGGUGCUGCUGUUGCUGGGGCUGCUGUUGGUGUUGGUAUUGCUGUUGCUAAUGGUAGCAAACUUGCUACAAGCCUGGUUGAUGAUGCAGCUGCUGUGGCAUUCAAAAGUGCAGGCAGAGUAGUUGGAAGUGUUGCUUCUGGAGUGUUUGUAGUUUGGGAUGCCGUGCAGAUUGGUUUAAAUGCCAAAAAACUUUUUGAAGGGAGUCCAACUGAAAGAGCACAAGAGAUUCGCAAGCUGGUGGAAACUGAAGAAUUAGAACUAGUAAAACUGGAGGAGGUCAAUUGUGAUAUAAAGAACAUUUUGUAACCUGUGAGUCAGCACAGGGCUAUGGAAGAAGGUGCACCAGAAGAGAUUGUUCUCCCUGUCAGAUCUGCAGCUGCUGCUGUAUCAACAGUUUUGUGUUUGCUGCCUGCUCCAGUUUAUCAUAAUUAUAAAUCACAGAAACCAACCAAUCACAGAGCAGCAUUUCCAAACAUUCCUAUACCUCUUGUUAUCUUGUGUAUAAAUAUAUUAUCCUGUAAAAAUAAAAGAACAAGAAAAAAGAAAAAAGAAAAGAAAAAAGAAAAGAUAAAUAAAUAAAUAAAUAAAUAUCAUCCCGUGCAU